AUGGUGGGACCUCCUGACACGAGAAGGUGGGACAGGCGUUGUGAAUAUCACAAAGAUCAUGGUCAUGAUACAGACAGUUGCUAUGCCUUGAAAGACGACCUCGAGGAAUUGAUGCAAGAUGGUCGGCUCCAGCAACACGUCCGAAAGAGCACAAUCAAAACUGUUGCCCUUCAGCAGGAGUCACCUCCCCUCGGCAUUAUACAUAUGAUAUACAGCCUUCCAACGCCAUGUACCAUACACUCAAUUCAUUCAACCCCCCAGAAGCAAUGCACACAAGCGAAACAGCCCCACGAAGCUCCGAGUAUCAUCUUCGACGAUUCUGAUCUUAUCGACAUAAUGCUCCCCCAUAUUGAUCCAUUGGUCAUUGAACUAUCUGUGAAUCAAUUUACUGUCGAAUACGUCCUCAUAGAUCAGGGAAGCACUUCGGAGGUCAUGUACUACGAGACCUUCCUCAAACUCGGCUUCAAUGAAUCAGACUUGUCUCUGGCUCCUCAUCCAUUAUUCGGCUUCAACGCAAAUCCAGAGUACCCCUGGGGCAAGGAAAGAUUCAUCAAUCUAUCCGGCUUGAGUGCUGCAGCCGCUUCAUGA